UAGAACCUGUAUGUCACCAGCUCUUUGAGUUCUAUCGUAGUGGAGAGGAACAGCUGCUUCGAUUUACACUGCAGUUUCUCCCAGAACUGAUUUGGUGCUACCUUGCUGUCUCAGCCAGCAGAAAUGUGCAUCGCAGUGGAUGCAUUGAAGCUCUUCUUCUAGGAGUUUAUAAUUUGGAAAUAGUUGACAAACAAGGACAUAGCAAAGUAUUGAGUUUUACAAUUCCCUCUUUGUCCAAACCAUCUGUAUAUCAUGAACCUUCCAGCAUUGGGUCCAUGGCUCUGACGGAGAGUGCACUAUCGCAGCACGGUUUAUCAAAAGUUGUGUACAGUGGACCUCAUCCCCAAAGGGAGAUGCUGACAGCACAGAAUAGGUUUGAAGUGCUGACAUUCCUCCUGUUGUGUUACAAUGCUGCCUUAACCUAUAUGCCCAGUGUUUCUCUUCAAUCACUGUGUCAAAUUUGUUCAAGAAUCUGUGUUUGUGGAUACCCUCGACAACAUGUAAGAAAAUAUAAAAGUAUAAGUAGCAGGAUUCCAGUUUCUUCAGGAUUCAUGGUGCAAAUGCUAACAGGAAUUUAUUUUGCCUUUUAUAAUGGAGAAUGGGAUCUAGCUCAAAAAGCAUUGGAUGAUAUUAUAUACAGAGCCCAGCUAGAAUUAUAUCCAGAGCCAUUGCUGGUUGCUAAUGCAAUAAAGGCUUCAUUGCCUCACGGUGCCAUGAAAUCUAGUAAGGAAGGUACAAGGUGCAUUCAAGUUGAAAUCACACCAACUUCCUCUAGAAUAUCAAGAAAUGCAGUAACCAGCAUGUCAAUAAGAGGACAUAGGUGGAAAAGACAUGGAAAUACAGAAUUAACAGGUCAAGAAGAACUGAUGGAAAUAUCUGAAGUUGACGAGGGAUUUUAUUCCAGGGCUGCGUCUAGUACCAGCCAGUCGGGUUUAUCAAACAGUAGUCACAAUUGUAGUAACAAGACAAGUGUAGGAAAGAACCAGAGACGGUCAGGAGGAAGCAAAACUGGAGGAAAAGAGAAAGAAACUACAGGGGAAUCUUGCAAAGAUCACUUUGCUCGAAAACAAACUCAGAGAGCCCAAAGUGAGAAUCUUGAGCUUCUCUCUUUGAAGAGACUUACUUUAACAACCAGCCAAUCCCUACCUAAGCCUAGUAGCCAUGGUUUGGCUAAGACCGCGGCGACUGUAUUUAGUAAAUCCUUUGAACAAGUCAGCGGUGUCACAGUCCCACACAAUCCAUCAUCUGCUGUUGGUUGUGGGACUGGGACAGAUGCCAAUAGGUUUUCCGCUUGUAGCCUCCAAGAAGAAAAGCUUAUUUAUGUUUCAGAAAGAACGGAACUUCCAAUGAAGCAUCAAUCAGGUCAGCAGAGACCUCCUAGUAUUAGCAUUACUCUAUCCACAGAUUAAUUUGUAAACUAUUUUUCUCCCAUAACCAGUGAAUCUGAAAAUAUGACUUUGCUUCUUUAUGAGAGUUCC